AUGGCAGGCAAAGCCGGCAAGGUGCAGCCGGAAGAUGCGUCGGCAGCCCAGAGAAAGGAGGAAGAAAGCUCCAAGCAGCCCAGCACCGCCAAUGCCCCGCGGCCCUCCAUCAUCAAGGGCGCGUCACUGCUCAUCAUCCUCCAGCUAACAUCCCGCCUCAUCACCUUCGCGGCCAACCAGCUCCUCCUGCGUCUCCUCACCGCACCCCUGCUCGGAUUUUCAGCACAGCUCGAGGUCUACUAUCUGUCCGUCCUCUUCUUCGCACGCGAAAGUCUACGUGUCGCCAUCCAGCGCCAGGGCCCCGCUGUCUCAGCUGACGAGAACAGCAAAGAUGCCGUGCGACGGGAGAGCCAGGCGGUCGUCAACCUGGGCUACAUCGCCGUCGUCCUCGGUGCUGUCGUCAGCCUCGCCCUGGGAAAGAUGUACCUGGGAUCGGCCAGCGAUGACGAUGCGCUGAGCCCCCCGCACCUCGUCACCGCGGUGUGGCUGUACGGCGUCGCCGCCAUGAUCGAGCUCCUCUCCGAGCCCUGCUUCGUGCUCAUGCAAACCAGGCUACAGUUCGGGACCCGAGCCCUCGCCGAAUCGUCAGCCACCUUCCUACGCUGUAUUGUCGUGUUUGGUUCGGCGGUGUGGGCGUCUCGGAAAGGGCUCGACCUUGGUGUCCUGCCAUUUGCUCUCGGCCAGGUCUGCUACGGAGUCGUUCUCGUGCUAGUGUACCUCGUUUCGGGCUACAGGCUCGCCUCCUCCAUCGGGUUCUCGCUGCUACCGACCCCGGCGGUCCGCGGCGAGAAGAAGAAUCCCGAAUUCCUGGGCUCGUACUUUUACAGGCCGACUCUUAGCUUGGCGGGGAGCAUGAUGGCACAGAGCGUCGUCAAGCAUCUCCUCACUCAGGGGGACACCCUGCUCGUCUCCUUCCUCUCGACUCCGAGUGUCCAAGGCGUGUAUGCCCUCGCAAACAACUACGGCGGUCUCCUCGCCCGACUCCUUUUCCAACCGAUCGAGGAGAGCAGCCGUAGCUACUUCUCUCGCCAGCUCGCCUCUGUCACGCCGUCGGGAAAGCAGGCACCCAAGCCAGUCACGGACGCGAGGCAGGGCCUACACACGCUCCUCCGCUUCUACGUUCUCCUAUCCGUGCUUGUGCUCAGCCUGGGUCCGUUCGCCGCGCCCUCCCUGCUCGCCAUCGUCGCAGGCAGACGGUGGGUCGGCUCAGGGGCUGGCGAGGUGCUGGCGGCGUACUGCUUCUACAUCCCCUUCCUGGCGCUGAAUGGCAUCGCAGAAUCGUUUGUUGCGUCCGUCGCUUCGGAGAGGGAGGUGCACAAGCAGUCAUUCUGGAUGGGUGUCUUCACCGUGACCUUUGCGGCGGCUGCCUUCCUGCUGAUGCGCGUGCUCGAGCUUGGCGCCAUCGGGCUCGUCUUCGCCAACGCCAUCAACAUGCUCUGUCGUAUCGUGUGGAGCGGGCUCUUCAUUAAGAGGUACUUCCAGUCUCACAACGUCACCUUCGGGUUCCGGGAACUCGUCCCCGGGACCGCGCUGCUUCUCUCCGCCACCACGUCCUUGGUCAUGUGGAAGCUCCAGAUCGCCGAGGAUCCAGAGCAGCAACCCAUUCUCAAGCUGGCCCGCGUCGUGUCAUUCGCCGUUCCCCUUCUGAUAGCCUUGUAA